UGGCAAGUGUGGAGACAGACCCCGUGUGAUGCUGAUGAAUGCAUAGAGCUCGCAAAGCAAAGGGUGAAAGCCCUCCUCUAGUGUGAUUUUGGCAUCCUUCUUAUUAGAACUCACUCCCUUUGAGGUAUUGCUCUAUAACAGAUACCACCCUUGUCUCGCUCACUCCCUUUCACUCGCUCGCGGACCUGCAGUUCAGCUCAUAGUUUCAGAGGUGAAGUGCGUGCGAGAGCGCGCUCUUCUCAGCAAAUUGCAAAAGUAACCGCAAGGAGAAGUAUGAGUAACCACUCAAAAUAAAAACGCGUGAGCCACACACUCAUUGUUUUUGUGGAGUAGCUGCAGCAGCAGCAGCAACACAAGCUAGAAGAUAAACCCUAAUUUUAAUGAUUGGCCAUUGACUACGUGUUGUGGAAAUGCUGCUUGGCUUCUUGUGAGACCAGAUCGACUUCACUUCACGCCGUUUGCUUUCUUUUUUAAGUCUGUCAAAGGAAUUUUGACAAGCAGGAGUACACGAUGAACAGAAUAUGGCUUCUGCUUUGUUACUUUUUGGUGGAAUUUAUGUCUUUGAUGUGCAAGGCGCAGGGUAAAUCCGGGCAGAAUUUGGGGAGUAUUGUGAUGGUUUCGGGCUCCAACGGGUCUAAAGACGGGGCUAACAGCGUCUCAGACCCUCCACCCUCAGCAGACAGGUGUCGGGGUUACUUUGAUGUGAUGGGGCAGUGGGACCCCCCGUUUAACUGCAGCGCAGGUACUUACCUGUAUUGCUGCGGGACCUGUGGCUUUAGAUUCUGCUGUCAGUUCAGGCAGAGCAGGUUGGAUCAAAGCACCUGCACCAACUACGAUACUCCGGUUUGGCUUAUGACCGGCAAGCCCCCUUCAAAGAAAGACGAUCCCACGCACGACCCCACAAAGGAUAAAACUAACCUGAUUGUCUAUAUCAUUUGCGGAGUAGUCGCAAUCAUGGUCCUGGUUGGGAUUUUCACGAAACUGGGUCUGGAAAAAGCACACAGACCUCAAAGAGAAAACAUGUCCAGGUAGGGUUCAAAAAUACCA